AUGGCUACUUCAAACACCAUUCACCUGACUUCUGACGAUACGGGCGUGUUUGAGUUCGGGUCUCAAGAUUCGGAAACUGCCAAAAAAACCUCGCAGCUACUACAAGAGAACCAUGAUAAACAUCAUAUUUUCUUCAAUAAUAUAGGAUUUCACAACCAUAUUGUCCAUCACUUGUUGACUCUAUAUGGCCUUGGUGCUCCGGCUUCCGUCAUUGAGCGACAGUACAAACUUAAUGCAUCAUAUCAACGCCCUGUUGUUCUUUCUAAGAAUCAAGCCCCGGUCGACAUGUCCAUACCAGAUAAUUUCCACAACAAUCUCGGCAAAGCAAAGUACUAUCAUGACUUUCUGGUAUUCUGGCAGCGAGAAAUUGAAUCCAAAGGAUGGAAAGAAGUAUUGAAAGAAAGUGUCUUUGCAGGCGAUUCGAAGGCAGACGACAUGCUCGGCAGGAUGUUUGCAGGGUUUCUUCAUCCUCUUAUUCAUCUAGGUUUUGGUAUUGAAUUCAACCAACCAGCUAUCAUUGCCGAAGCGCUAGCACAAGCUUCCGUCCACGAUCUGUGGAUUACUAAGUAUUUGUUGGACAUCGAAAAGAAAGCGCAACCUGGGAAUAAGACGAUUCCACAACUUCUGGAUGAGAUUAGAGACGAUAAAAAGCUUUCCACUGCUGCUGAGUGGGAUGAUGGCAAUAUGAUUCGAGAUGGCAUCUUAGCCAGAGCUGCAGAUGAAAUGAUGAGCUAUGCAUCUCAGUGGACAGUGGAAAAAGGUGAGCUUGAAGCCAAGACAGCUCAAAUGAUCAGCUCCGCCGUUUACUUCGCUGCUGCUGCUCAGCGCCCGCCAAAACAAGUGAAGUUGACUUUUUACUAUAUGCAUUGUGUCAAUAGUUCGAUUUUUUUCACUUCCUUCAACAAGCAAGACUUUUUGUCCGAAGCCCAGAAAGCAAGGCUUUUGGAGUGGAAGGGACGCUUUGAUCUCACCAUGUAUGCAUCUCGCCGUUCCCCCGAGCUACUCCUUGAAGAAAUAUCGGGAUAUGUCCCGAAGCUUCUUGAAGCUGGAGAUGCGGAAUGGAGCGGUCUGUUUCAAAGGCUGUUCGAGUUCGAAGACGAUGGCCACGCCGUGAAGCUUGGAAGGGCAGUGGCUCAUGCCGAGGUAGUUAGCCAGAGUUAUGAAGACCAAGAUUGGGCAAAGAUUAAGAGUUUCAUGUGGCUAAAGAUAGGCAACAUGGUAGCUGACAGUGUUGAAGACACUGGAGAUACUUGGGCUAGAAGUGUUGGUUUUGAUGAAGCGUGGAAGGAUUAUGUGGACAGACCAAGACAGGUACAUUUGUAG